AUGUCCGACCUCCACGUCCUGCUGCUUCUGGCUCUGGUGGGAAAGUCAGCCUUCGGGUUCUCCCUGACGUCUUUACUCCCAGACCUGGACCCAGAUUGGACUCCUGACAACUAUGAGUACAGCUAUGAGGAUUUCGCCCUGGAAGAGAACACCAGCAGUACUGCCCACGACCCCGAGAAUCCUGAGUGGUACUACGAAGACGACGAUCCUUGCCUGUCCAACCCCUGCAAACACGGUGGAGACUGCCUUGUCCAUGAGGAUACUUUCAAGUGCAGCUGCCCGGCCCCUUUCUCUGGAAGCAGGUGUCAGGAUGUGCAAAACAAGUGCCAGGAAAACCCAUGUGGCCUGGGUGAAUGCCUCAUUAUUGAGAGUCCUCCUUACUACCGCUGUGCCUGUAAACACCCUUACGGGGGUCCAGACUGCUCCACAGUGGUUCCUGCCUGCAGGCCGGACCCCUGCCAGAACGGCGGCACCUGCUCUCGGCACCGGCGGAAAUCCAAGUUCACCUGCUCCUGUCCCAGCCAGUUCAAAGGCAAAUUCUGUGAAAUAGGUUCUGAUGACUGCUAUGUGGGUGAUGGCCACUCUUACCGAGGCAAAGUGAGCAAGACCAUCAACCAGCACGUGUGCCUUCACUGGAACUCCCACCUCCUCUUGCAAGAGCAUUACAACACCUUUAUGGAGGCUGCUGAGGCCCACGGGAUUGGGGAGCACAACUUCUGCAGAAACCCUGAUGGAGACAAAAAGCCCUGGUGUUUCAUUAAAGUAAACAGUGCGAAAGUGAAGUGGGCGUACUGCGAUGUCUCAGCCUGCUCGGCCCUGGACAUUACUGACCCCACAGAGCCCCUGACCAGGCUGCCGGGCUUUGACUCAUGCGGGAAGACUGAGAUAUCAGAGCAGAAAAUCAAGAGGAUCUACGGCGGCUUCAAAAGCACGGCGGGCAAGCACCCGUGGCAGGUGUCCCUGCAGACCUCGCUGCCACUGACCGUCUCCAUGCCCCAGGGCCACUUCUGCGGGGGGGCACUGAUCCAUCCCUGCUGGGUGCUUACCGCGGCCCACUGCACUGACAUAAAAACCAAGAAUCUCAAAGUGGUGCUAGGGGACCAGGACUUGAAGAAGACAGAAUUACAUGAGCAGAACUUCGGGGUGGAGAAGAUUGUCAAGCACAGCCAUUAUCACGAACGAGACGAGGUUCCCUAUAACGAUAUUGCUUUGCUCAAGCUGAAGCCCGUGGAUGGUCACUGUGCUGUGGAAUCCAAGUAUGUGAAGACCGUGUGUUUGCCUGAUAGUCCCUUUCCCUCCGGGACUGAAUGCCACAUCUCUGGCUGGGGUGUUACAGAGACAGGAAAAGGCUCCCGGCAGCUCCUGGACGCCAAGGUCAAGCUGAUCACCAACACUCGGUGCAACUCUCACCGACUCUACAACCACACGAUCGACGAGACCAUGAUCUGUGCGGGAAACCUUCAGAAGCCUGGACCGGACACCUGCCAGGGUGACUCUGGAGGCCCUCUGACCUGUGAGAAGGAUGGGACCUACUACAUCUAUGGGAUCGUGAGCUGGGGCCAGGAAUGUGGGAAGAAGCCAGGGGUCUAUACCCAAGUGACCAAAUUCCUGAAGUGGAUCAAAGCCAUCAUCCAGAGGGAUCCGAGCGUCUAA